CAAUAAAGGCCGGAAGAGCUAGUUCUAUGGAAAGAUACAGAAGACAGAACAACCAACUGCCAACUGCGUGUCAGUGAGAGGGAAGACGAGGAGAGCUUUUUUAACCUGAUUUAAUCUUCCACUCUGUUGCCAUGGAGACGUUGAGUCGUGCCAAUGGGGCGUUUGCGCUGGACCUGUACCGCGCCCUGAGCAAGGACGGCGCCGGCGGCAACCUGCUCCUCAGUCCCCUGAGCAUCAGCACCGCGCUAGCCAUGGUGUACCUGGGGGCUCGCUCACGCACAGAGGCAGAGAUGGGCAAGGUGAUGCGAUUCGAUCAGGUGUCUGAUGUCCACUCUCAUCUUCACACUCUCAUGGGGAAAAUCUCCGCCCCCAGCUCCUCCCAUGUUCUUAAACUGGCCAAUCGCCUUUUCGGAGAGAAAACCUUCAGCUUCUCACCAGAAUUCCUGGGAGGGAUAGAGAAGAACUACCUGGCUGAGUUGCAAGCGAUGGACUUCCUCCAGGCUGCUGAGGAGGCCAGACUCACCAUCAACCAGUGGGUGAAGGACAAGACUGAGGAUAAGAUUGAGGAGCUGCUGAAGGCAGGAGUGUUGACAGGAAUGACGCGUCUGGUUCUGGUGAAUGCUGUCUACUUUAAGGGCAGCUGGAUGCAUCGCUUUAGGGAGAAGAACACCAAACAGAUGCCCUUCACGAUCAGCUCGACUGAGACUCGGCCGGUGCAGAUGAUGUCCCAGGUGACAAAGCUUCCCUAUGGCUGGGUUCCUGAGCUGAACCUUCAGGUGCUGGAACUGCCUUACACACAGAAGCAGCUCAGCAUGUUCAUCCUGCUGCCUGAGAAACCAUCUCUAAGCAAGCUGGAGAGCAAGCUGACUAUUGAGAAGCUUCUAGAAUGGACAGACCCCGCCAACCUUGACGAUGGCAGUGAUGUGGUCCUGCAUCUGCCCCGCUUCAAGCUGGAGACCAGCGUCUCCCUGGGCGACACGAUGUCCGGGCUUGGCAUGGGCUCGCUUUUCGAUGCGGCCAGCGCCGACCUGACGGGCAUGAGUGGUGACGGCGGGCUCUUUAUCUCCACGCUGGCGCACAGCGCCGUGUGCGACGUAACCGAGGAGGGCACAGAGGCGGCGGCGGCCACCGCUGGUGUAGCGUCCUUCUGCAUGAUUCAGGAAGAGCACUUCAAGGCCGACCACCCCUUCCUCUUUCUCAUCAUGCACAACCCCACGCGCAGCAUCCUCUUCCUCGGGCGCUACUGCGGGCCAGAGUGAGGGAUGAACUGGGUACCUCACCUUUUCCAUUGGAAACCACUAAGCCAUUGUGCCUACGACGGAGUAUUAGGUCCACAUGAAGGGGAUUUUUUUGCCAUUUUGAGAAUAAAGUGGAAAUGACAAAAAUAAAGUUUAAAUACCAUUUAAACUUUAUUAUAAAGUUGAUAUGUUGAGAAUAAAGUCGAAAUGACUAGGUUUCACACUCCAAGAGUUAACUUUAUUUUCGAAUGUAUUCUCAAAAUGAAAAAAAAAUAUUCCUCCUGAUUUUGAAUAACAAAGCACUAAGUCUGAUAAGUAGUACUGUAAUGUAACACAACAGAAUCAGUUUGUACCAUUUUAGAACAGGACAUUACCCAGUCCUCCUCAGUCUCCCCAGUACUGUCUUAAACCUAAUACCAUCGUAACUCAUUUUAUAAACUCUUCAUGGUUUACGUCUGUCACACAAAGUCACUAGUUUGCCUCCGAGUUUAAAUAAAGUUGAAUAAACUUGUAUAAAUCUGAA